ACCCAGGCCAUCAGUGCCCCUUUAGCCCCGGUGGGGGCCACCACCCACCAGAGAAGGAAGGGUGGGUGGCUGCUGUGCUGGACGAGCCAGGGCCUCCUGGGAUCCUGGGAACCCCAUCUUUGAGCUCCACCCCACGGCCCCGCCCCUCCCCAGGAGGGAAAAGGCAGCUAGCUGCCAGUUGCUUACCUCAUAGGCACCGGGACCUGGCCCACAGGACGAGAGGGUAGACUGCUGCCAUCACCACUCCAGGCUGGGCCAUGGACCCGCACGAGAUGGUCGUCAAGAACCCAUAUGCCCAGGUCAGCAUCCCCCGGGCUCAUCUGCGGCCCGACCUGGGGCAGCAGCUGGAGGCGGCUUCCUCUUCCUGGGGGUCACAGCCUCUGCCUGCGGGGUCCUGCCCCUCAGAGCCCACCCGGCUCCUGCAGCCCACCAAGGAGGCCCCAGAGAGCAAGGGCGCCAAGGGGACCAAGGGGGCCACCCAGAUCCAGGGCCAACAGGCCCGGCCACAGCCCGGCAACCCCUAUGGUAGUGGGCAGCGGCCGGCAGGACUGACCUACACUGGCCGGCCGCCCAUCGGGCGUGGUGAUGACAUCGCCCACCACUGCUGCUGCUGCGCUUGCUGCUCCUGCUGCCGCUGCCCUCGCUUCUGCCGCUGCCACAACCGCUGCUGCGUCGUCUCCUAG